AUGCUCGCCAACGCCGUCCCGACACCCCGCGCUCCCUCGAGCUCUCUCCACGGCCGCCGCCCGCAACCAGCUCCCGCGCUCGACCUGCACGCGUGGGCCGACGGCUGGUCCCUCUCGACGACCGCCACGACGACGAGCCGUGCAGCAGCAGGCCCGAGUGCGCUCGUCGACGACCCAGUGUCGCCAACGUCGCUCGCGCCUCAGCCUGCGGCCGCGGCGGGCCGUGGCUUCGGCGCCGCCGGCUCUCGUCCCGGGUCGGUGGCUCUACCUCUUGGCGCAGCGCCCACCUCGUCGUCGUCGUUCGCAAGCCACGGCCAGCACGCGUCGAGCCCGACCAAGCCGGCGACAGCGUUCGAGGGCUUUGCGCUCGACCGUGACCGUGCGCCGCAUGCUCGCAAAGGUGGACGCGACGAGGUGUACCACCGCAUGCGCGAGAACUCGCUCGAGCUGAGCCUCGGCGACCUUCCCAAGCCCGCACCUUUCCUUCGCGCCGCCGCCAACGCCCGCCCGUACCCGUCACCCGUAUCGCCCUCGUCGAGGCUGUGCUUCGUCGACAAGGCGCCGUCGUGCUACUUCGAUCCGGCGCACCUCCUGGCGGCAGCGGCGGCGGGUCCGGCGUCGAAGAUCUCGCGGGACGAGUUCGCCCUCCCGGCGUCUCCCGCCUUGGUCCCCCUCGAUCUCGGCCACGCCGAGCCGUCGUGGUCGACGCUCUCGGCGCCCCGAGUCGAACCCUCGACGACCCACCCCCUGCACCACGCCAAGCGCCUCUCGAUGACGCCGCUCUCGUCGACCAAGGCGCUCCCGCCCGUCGACGCGCCCACUGCCGACCUCGCCGACAUGGCCAUCGACGAGCCGCCCAAGGUCCGCAAGAGCAGCAUCGUCGACCUCCCGCUCCCGCAAGCGGCCGGCGGCAACGGCCUCCCCUUCUCCCCGCCCCUGACGCCGCCGACCGUGUCGGCCCCGCUCGGGCCCGCUCGCACGUCCAAGCGCCAGCGUCGCCCGUGACGAGUCGACCUUCCCCGACCCGGUCCAUCCUCGACUCGCCGACUCUCCUCGCCCACAUCACGCUCCUCGUACCCCUCAUCAUCAUUGUCGGCCCAACAUUCAUCUCCCCCUGUCGUCGUCGACACCGUCGCCCUCAUCUCGGCCUAAUUCCGCGCGUCCUCGCCUGCUGGUCACUCGUCGUCGCUCGAAGAAAACCCCGCCUCAGACAAGUUUACCCUCCAUCGCCACUGUACCCCUCUCGCCUCAUUCCUCUGUCUCUACUACCCCCUCAUCACGCCCAGCUCAGUCCUCGUCCCGUCCUGCAUCGCGUCCGCAUGGUCCUGUACACCCAUUCUCUCCUCGUCCUCUCGUCACGCGUCUCUCACGGGUUCCGCAUCGGUCUCUCCUGUCUAGAUCUGCGCAUUCACGUCGUUUUCUCACGCU